AUGAGCGCUCUCCACGCCGCGAACUACCAGGUCUUCCGCGACUGCCUUUCCACGGCCCUGGUGGAGAAAUUCUCCACGCCCGCGCAACCCAAGAAAGCCCGUCGCAAUCGCGGCGCCGUCUCGCAGCGCCAGAAACCGCGCUCCAAGGACUCUGUCUCCUCUGAUCGGGACACGACUGCACAAUCACUGCCUGAUCGCGCUAGUCCGGAGGAGUUGGCUGAGUUUGUUGAUGUGCGUUGUCUACCUCCCUCAUUCCUUCACCCUCGAUACUCCCUUCUACUCCAGAUUCACCUUUUCCUCGCAUCCGAAACCUUCCCAGCGCUCCCACCAGAUCUCCAAACCCUGACCUACACUCCCCCGCCAACCACCAGCAGCAAUACCAACCCACCACCAUCAACAUCUACAUCUACAUCCACCCCCAACCCGGAUACCGAGAACACCCAAACCACCCCAGAAGACGCGCGCACACUAGCCGAAACCCUCUGCACAACGACCCUCCCGCCCUCGGUCCCAGACACACUAACCGCCUACGCCCUCCUCGACACACCCACCACCACCUCCCCCAACGCCCACGAGGCUAAUGACAACCUAACAACAUUCUUCACCCCAAUCCUAGCAGAAUACAUCGCCGCGACGACAAAGCCCCCACCGGUGUGGGCGACAACCCGCAAAGAGGCGUGCGAGAUCUGCGCCCGCGACUGGAUCCCGCUGAGUUACCACCACCUCAUCCCGCGGAGCGUGCACGCCAAGGCGCUGAAAAAGGGCUGGCACCCCGAGUGGAUGCUGAAUAGUGUUGCGUGGCUGUGUCGUGCUUGCCAUAGCUUUGUGCAUCGCAUGGCGAGUAAUGAGGAGUUGGCGCGCGAGUGGUUUACUGUUGAGCGGAUUUUGGAGCGUGAGGAUGUACUUUCCUGGGCUUCUUGGGUUGGGAGGGUGAGGUGGAAAUCCAAGUAA